AUGGCUGGAACAGAAGGAAAGGCCUGGCCCAGUCUGGGGCGAGGCACUCUCCCACGAAGUCGUCCCACGUUCCUUGCACGAACAGCCACCGAUGAUGCAGCCCAGCUGUUGAGGAGAACCUCCUAUCCGAAUUCGCCCAAUGGACAGGAACGGCCGGUGUCCCAACCGGAAGACUCUCGCCACACUGCUUCGAGGCCGCCAGCAGCACCCUCGACUAUAUCGAACGUUUCCCUGACAACCGGCGAUGGUUUGUCGACUUCUAAGAUUUAUGGGACUUUCGACGGCCCCCAAGAUGCUGAGCCCUUGCCUCAGUCAUCUGAAACAAAUCAUGAUCACCGACCAGAGGAUGACUCCUCACAUCCCUCUGUCCACGACGUCUCAAAGAAGGCUGAGAAAUCUUCUCCACCCAAAUCUGGGGGCUUCCCCCGGCCUGUUGGAGGAACAGAGAAACUGGGUACAUUUUCCGGCGUUUUCGUCCCCACAAGCCUGAACGUGUUAAGUAUACUGAUGUUCAUUCGGUUUGGGUUCAUCCUUGGUCAAAGUGGAGUGGUUGGGAUGCUUGCCAUGCUCGUGGCUGCCUAUCUGAUUGAUCUGGUCACGACGUUGUCUAUCUCAGCUGUCGCCUCCAAUGGCGUCGUUCGGGGUGGAGGGGCUUAUUACCUGAUUUCGAGGUCACUUGGGCCGGAAUUUGGAGGCGCAAUUGGUCUUGUCUCCUACAUGGGGUUCGUCUUCAACACUGGAAUGAAUGCCGUCGGUUUGAUCGACUGCCUGAACUAUAAUUUCGGGUCAGUAUCUGGCAAUUGGGCCAAUACUCUCCCCGAAGGGGGUUGGUGGCAAUACCUGUGGAGUACUGUUGUUGUGCUCACCUGCGUGGUCAUUUGUCUGGCUGGAAGUACCAUUUUCGCCCGAGCAAGCAACGGCUUGCUCUUCAUUCUCCUAGUGGCUACGUUCAGCAUCCCUUUCUCUGCUCUGGUCAUGAAACCAUUCGAAGCUACCAAGCAAUACACUCAUUUCACUGGUCUCAGUCUCGACACUUUGAAGGCAAACCUGAUGCCUCAUUUCACCCGAGGUGCUGCAGGCAGUCAGCUGCGAUCGAAAGAGAACUAUCAAGACCUCUUUGGUAUCCUUUUCCCUGCUACCGGGGGAAUACUGGCUGGAGCGAGCAUGUCAGGCGACCUCAAGAAUCCCAGCAAAUCCAUCCCUCGUGGUACUCUUACUGGUCUCGCACUGACUUUUAUUUCGUACGCUCUUGUUAUUGUCGCCAUGGCCGCGAGCAUCACGAGGGAGUCCUUCUAUCGAAACGCCAACGUCGUCCAGGACACGAACAUCUCGGGCGUUUUGAUCUUGGCCGGAGAAAUAGCAACAACGUUCUUCUCUGUUCUGAUGGGAAUCAUAGGGCCUGCCAAACAACUCCAGGCCAUCGCUAGAGAUAAUGUUAUUCCAGGCUUGUCAAUCUUUGGUCAGGGGACAAAGAAGAAUGAUGAACCUAUAUACGCCAUCUUCUUCACGUUCGCAGUGGCUCAAGCUACGCUCCUCCUUGACAUCAAUCGCAUUGCAUCUCUUAUCACAAUGACUUACCUCAUGACGUUUUUCGCCCUCAAUGUAGCGACAUUCCUCCUGAAGAUUGGAUCUGCUCCUAAUUUUCGGCCUUCGUUCCACUACUUCAAUUGGUGGACCGCGCUUAUGGGGGCGUUGCUAAGUGUAGGCAGCAUGUUCUUCGUCGACGGUAUCUCAGCUUCAGGUUCAGUCUGCCUCCUUCUCAUCCUGAUCAUCAUGAUCCAUUACACCACGCCUCCAAAGCCGUGGGGCUCGAUAUCCGAAGUUCUUAUCUACCAUCAGGUCCGAAAGUACCUCUUGCGGCUCAAGAGUGAGCAUGUCAAAUUCUGGCGGCCCCAGAUCCUGCUGUUUGUCAAUGACCCCAGACGAGGUUACAAGCUCAUCCAAUUCUGUAACUCGCUCAAAAAAGGCGCUCUGUUUAUCGUCGGACAUGUCAUAGUCACUCAAAACUUUGGAGAAUCAGUCCCCGAGGCCCGUCGUCAGCAAGCAGCUUGGAACAAAUAUAUCGAGUUCUCGAAGAUCAAGGCCUUUGUCAACGUUGCCAUUUCGCCUUCGAUAGAAUGGGGAGCGAGAAAUAUCUUUCUCUCGGCGGGAUUGGGUGGGAUGCGUCCUAAUAUCGUGAUCUUCGGAUUCUAUAACCUGCAACAAUUUCGAGCCGAGCAACCCCUAGUGGACAUCCCCAGUCCUCCACCGGAGCGGAAGCAUGGUUCUCUUCGUCAGCGCCGGACAAGCAAGAGUGUUGUCAGAGGGGAACUACCGACAGACACCUGCUACGUGGAGAAAAGGACCGAUAUUCAAAGCUAUGUGAUGGUGCUUGAAGAUAUGAUCCUCAAGCUUCAGACCAAUGUUGCUAUUGCAGCUGGAUUCGGUGACCUCGAGCUACCUAGAAGCUCGGAAGAAACAACCAAGAAGUACAUUGAUCUAUGGCCCAUCCAGAUGUCGGCUGAGGUGAUAGCGGAUACUGAUGGUGAGGGUGAGGGUCGAAAUGUCGUCACAACGAAUUUUGACACCUACACCCUCAUCUUACAAUUGGGGUGCAUCCUCCACACAGUCCCUUCAUGGAAGAAAGCGUAUAAACUGCGCGUGGCUGUCUUUGUUGAAUAUGAGGCGGAUGUGGAGGAAGAGCGGACUCGCGUCACCACGCUCUUAGAGAACCUUCGAAUCCAAGCACAAGUGCUGGUCUUUUGGCUUGCUUGUGGCUCCGUCAAGUCUUACAACUAUAUCAUCAACGGAGAAGGUGUGGAUGAGGAGACUCAAGAGCAAGUCAACAAAGUGUUGGAAGAUGAAUUAUGGUGGCGCGAAGUGCAGAUUAUCCGGGGCAAGUCGCAGUCUGCUGACGUUGGUGCCGUGGACGCUCUGACGGUUGCGGACGAUGGCAUCUGGUCAAGCGCCUCUUUGCAAAGCAAAAGGGAAAAUUCUAUCAUUCGCAUCGAGGGCUUGCGCCGUAUGUUGGCCGAUCCGAAGAAGAGGCCUACUUUUGGCAAUCUUUCUAGUCUUGGGUUAAGCCUCUCCAUGAGAACGUCUCGCCUGGAUGAUGAUAUGCUCAGUCGGCACGCUUCUCACCCAAGCGACUCUGACGGCACAUCGUCGGAGGAUGAGGAAGAGUUCAUGGAAAACACAGAAGAUGAUGUCAAGGACAAGAGCCGAGAUGAGUACUCUGAGGCAAGUCUAUCUCAAGAGGACGCGGAUGCCCAACAGUCGUCCUUCGCGGACACAAGAGCCGCACACAAGUCUAAAACAUCAUCGAAGAAGAGCAGUCGGACGAGCUCCAAAAAAUCAUUCCGGAAGAAAGCAAAGGAGGCACGCUAUAGGGAAGGCGUAACCGACCCCUCAGGACCGUUGAUCCAAUUUGAUGAGAACAUUCUUGAUGUGGCGGGUGAACAGCAAAUGCGUGGGCGGGCCAUCCAAUCUGAUGCUGGUGAACAUCCACGCCGGGGUACCGGCUCCCCGGGGAACGGUCUAAAAGUCUUGCCCGCGCAACGCCCUCGGACACCAUCACCCAAUUUUACUUCUGAACCUGUGCCAGUAAGCAAAGUGGCCAGUGAAGAAGGCGAGGGACCUUCCAUCAUGUUUGCAGAUGAUCCUCAUCCACGGCGACAGAAGGUCGAUGAACUGCCGAAUUCCGAAAGUUACCCCAUUCCCCACCGACAUAGUGACAACGGCAGCCCUCCGAAGCCUGCGUCGGGAUAUCCUACGGCUGCCGCAUCACCUUUGUCAUUCAAUGACCUUCCCAGCCGGGCACAGCAUUUGAUCUUGAACGAUCUGAUAUCGUCCAACAGCGAUAACACCGCAGUCAUUUUCACCACCUUGCCAGCACCAGUUGAAGGAACUUACAAAAGUGAGGCUGACAGUCUGAGAUACAUCAGCGACCUGGAGGUUCUGGUGGGCGGGCUGCCACCAACGCUUUUGGUGCAAAGCAAUAGCAUGACCGUUACGACGAAUAUUUAA